GGUCCAUAUUCCAUCGCCAUUACCGUCCUCUCAAUCCCUUCAUAUCUCCACUCUCCUCUCUCUGAUUUCAAACCUUUGAAGCCUGUCUCUCUCUAAAAAGCUCAAUAAUUCUCUGUGAUUUUCCAUUUCUCUCUUUAAUUCACAAUAUGGCUCAGAAGACAGAAAAGGAAGAGACGGAAUUCAAGGUCCCUGAAACUUUGACUCUUUGUAUCAACAAUUGUGGUUUCACAGGUAAUCCAGCCACCAACAACAUGUGCCAGAAAUGUUUCAACGCCACCACCGCUACCGCAUCAACUGCCACAUCAACAACAGUAACAACUGCGGCUUCUAGCUCGAGCGGUGGUGGUUCGAUCUUAAAGUUUUCUAGCGAUAAAAUGAGAUCUCGGUUGAUCGACCGUUCCUCGGAUGCUACAGGUACAACAAGCCAAAGUGCAGAGACAGAUCUGCAAAAAAGCGAUGUUUUCGAGAAAAGAGUGGUGAACCGAUGCUCCGGCUGUCGACGAAAGGUCGGUUUGACUGGCUUCAGAUGUCGAUGCGGAGAAUUGUUCUGUGGAGAACAUCGAUAUUCGGAUCGUCACGAUUGCAGUUACGAUUAUAAAUCAGCAGGUCGUGACGCGAUAGCCAGAGAAAAUCCCGUCGUAAAAGCAGCCAAAAUUGUUAGGGUUUGAGUUUUGAAAAACAAACAAGAAAUUAUCAACAUCAAAACAUGAGACGGUCUCGGUCUCGGAGGUUCUCUUUCUCAGCUAUAUGGUGAUCGGAAAAGAGUUUUAGAGAGAGAGACGAUGAACAAAUUCUAUAACUUGCUUCUUUUUUUUUUUAAAUUUUAUUAGAGUUGGUUUAUUGAGAAAUGAAAUUAUUGUGGUAUUCUUGUUUGUGUUCAGAAUUUAUAUUUUUAAUUUUUAGGUUAUUUGUUUAGAAAUCAUAUUUGGAGCUUAAGAUUGUGGCAUGUGAAUGAAAUUUAAGAACUUUAUAUGGGUUUUA